GCAAAUAAAAGUUUGUUGUGCACAAAUCCGGUGCGUCAGGACGCAGCGCGACGCAACACGUGCCGGCGGAGCUUUUCCGCUCCAGACGGUGACAGCGGCUCGGUGUUUGCAGGAGCUGCUUGUUUAAAAAAAAACAAAAAGAACUGUGAAAUAGGUCUGUGUGUCAGCGCAGCUCCGUCCGUGUAUUUCCGGGUGGUACGAGCUGCUCCGGUACGUCCCAGCGAGCAUCAGCUGCUCAGCCUUCCUCCUCCGCUCAGCCGCAGCCAGCGCCGGAGGCCGGGACGCGAACACGCUCCACCGACCGAGACGCUUCCCCCGGUUGAUGUCUUGUAGCUGAAAGCCAAAGCAGGGAGAGGGCAGCGGGCAGGAGCUAUGGCGGCGUCGCUUCUCUCCGAGACCGACAUCAGGCACCGGUCGAUGGCGGAGGAGGAUCCGAACGGGAACGAGCAUGGGGCGGCUGCACGCAGCGCGGCGCCUCGCUGGGGACCGCAGCACGCCGGGGCCCGACAGCUAGCACGGCUCUACUCGCCAGGUAAACGGCUGCAGGAGUGGGUGUGUGUGAUUCUGUGCCUCUUCCUCUUCAUCAUCAACUUCUCCUUCCUCCUCCUGCACUUCUCCACCGUUCACAUCUACAAGAUCAUCCUCGGCAUCGUCCUGGGAAUCGUGACGGCAGAUUUUGCAUCGGGCAUGGUCCACUGGGGGGCAGAUACCUGGGGAUCUGUGGACAUCCCUGUUAUUGGCAAGGCAUUUAUCCGACCGUUCAGGGAGCACCACAUCGAUCCAACUGCCAUCACUCGCCACGACUUCAUCGAAACCAACGGCGACAACUGCAUGAUCCCCAUCCUGCCACUGGCUCACAUGGCCAACAAGUUCCUCACGUACACACCAGAGGCCUUGGCGGCGUCCUACCCCUGGGACUGCUACGUCUUUGCCCUGGCAGUUUUCGUGACGCUGACCAAUCAGAUCCAUAAGUGGAGCCACUCCUACUUCGGCCUCCCGCGUUGGGUCACCCUGCUGCAGGACUGGCAUCUGGUGUUGCCACGGAAACACCACCGCAUCCACCACGUCUCGCCACACGAGACGUACUACUGCAUUACUACAGGUUGGUGCAACUAUCCACUGGACCAGCUGGGCUUUUGGAGACGGAUGGAGCGAUUGAUCGAACACCUGACAGGGCAGAAACCACGAUCAGACGACAUGGCAUGGGCGAAGAAGACUGACUGAUGAACAAAUACAACAACACAAAUACACAGAGGGAUGAACGGCGGAAUGGGCAUGCAGACACAAAUACGUAGAAAUAGAAAAAACGGAUGCGGAGAAACAGACACACACACAUAAAUUUAACUCAUGUCUCUGUGCUUCUUGCUUUUUUUGCUAAAGAGCAAACAUUCAAAGAAAACCCGUGUUUGCAAAAAAAAAAAAAAAAAUCUAACAAUGGUUCGAGCGAUUAUGUAAAUGUUGGAGUCGGUGUUUUAGCAAGCUUUGAACGUAGGAAAUUAGAUGAGAAACACUCUGCUGUAACACCCAGUUAGCUCGUGUGUUCGUCGGCCUGUUUAACCAAUGAGGUGUGCUGGUGUUGUGGUGUAGGAGGUUUCUGGAGGUUGGGCUCUCCAGGAGUGACACCACGCUGCCUGUCACUGGCAGCUUCUUACACCACACACACACACACACACACACACACACACACACACACACACACACACACACAUACACACACACAGAAAUUUGGAAGUCUAAUCUUCACUCACUGUCUCUUUUGAAUCCUUCUCGUCUGAUUGUUUUUAAGUGUUAUGGUUGUGUUUUUGUUUUGUUUUUCACAUGAAAGCCCCUUUCCAGAAGCAUCACCACCCUCUUUCAAUUCUCACAGCUGCAUUUGCACACAAGAAGGUGAAAAUCUGAUGAUUGUGUGCUUCAGAUUAGACAUUUUUUAAGUCAACACUCAUCGUUUAUGCCUGCGUCUGAGCUUAUGUGAUCUCACAGGCAGGAUAAGGCUGGGGAGGACAACAGGUGUGCAAAACCAGUUAAAACUCAUGCAUCCACAGCAGCUUUUCUAGCACUAAUGUACUAUACUACACAAGUCAGCAGUCAAGUUGCGGGUAUGUACUUUUAGCCCUUUCAAUGUGCAUAGAUGCAAGUAAAACAACUUUAAAGUCACGUCAUCCGGUAACGGUUACUUGUUAACAGCACUUUACCUUCAUACUGCGUGUUUUGACCAACUGUUGAUCUUUUCCCUGCGCAGACAUUUCUUGUUGAUUUUCUUUGAACUGAAAGAAGCUUUGAAGCAGUCCAUUUUUUGUAGCUUUAGGAGUCACACUUGUGCACGUGCAAAUGUAAAAACCUCUAAAUUAAGGCAUCUGCUCUUUAAAAACUCAUCAUGAUUUGCGACAAAGUUUGCAUUAGAAUUAAAGGCCUGUAUCUCACUUGAAUUAGAUGAGUUUAGUGAUAAAUUAGUUGCAAAAAAGCAUUUUAUAUUGCUGUGCUUUCAUGCAAAUUAUGGGGCAGCCAGACUUGCUCCUUGUCUGUCUUUAUAUACAGUUUUAUGGACGAUGUCUACUAAAAAUUACAAGAACAGUGCUAUCAUUUCCAUUUUUCUUGACAGACUUUAAAGUACUCUAACUGAAGUUUAAGUAAGUUGAAGUGGGUGUAUUGUAAGUUGCAAAUAAUGGACUUAAUGGUGUACUUCAACAUUGUGGGAAAUUUUAUUUGCUUUCUUGUCACGAGGUCCAUGAGAAGAUUAAUGACCCUCUCAUAUCUGUAAGAAAAAUGUAAAUCCCGUAUGACAGGUUAGCUAUGCUUAUCAUAUAAAUUACAAAUAGUUCAAGGCUGCUAGUUUAGCUCUAUUUAGAUGUAAGAAAGCCCACCUCUAUGCCUCACUAAUUAAAUAUAACCUCAACCUUUAAACAGAGCCCAGUUGUUUCCCCUGUUUCCAGUGCUUGUGAUAAGCUUUAUAUUCAGCAUUUAGUUCAUUUUUCUCACUUUUCUCUCUCAAGAAAGCAAAUAUUUCCCAAAUAGUGAGACUGUUCCUCGAGUGCAGGCAAAAGUUUGGAUGAUAUGUUCAUGUCUGGAGUAGUUCCUGGUGUCUCUUGUCAUGUUUUAGUGGCACAAGCAGAAGUGAUUUUUUUUUUUUUUUCAUUGGCAGCGCUGGUUGGUUUUAUUGUACCCCAAACAUGCCUGUGGACAUGUUCUUGGAGGAUGCUUGCGGCAGCCUCAAACAUUAUAAAAGUCUACAAGGGUUCCACGUGUGUUCAUGCCUCCACAACACUGGACAGCUCAGGGCUGGUUGUUGCCUCCACCUUCUGCUUAUUCUCACGCUCUGUAUCACAGGUUUUAUUCUAUUUUUUUGUUCGAUUAAAAACAACAAGCCCACAACAUAAAGCCCUUCUUCGUAAUUUGCUUCACUUGACUGAUUUAGGAAAGUUUGAAAAGUUUGUUUUGCAGACUUUUGCAGUCACUUUUACGCGAGUCAUGUUUUGAUUCAUCCACAUCCCAAAUUCUCUCCUGGACUGUAAAUAUUCAACUCAGCAUUUCUGAACAAGAAGUGUGUCACAGCCUCCCUGAACUUAAACCAGAGCGACUCGUUAAAGAAAUGCAUGGCGUCAUUUUGACAUAGUUUAUGUCAGCUGAUGCGAGCCGAACAGGGAAAAAAGACAAACUGUGACACAUGCACUUUAGUUUGCUGUUACUAACUCUCUCCUGGAGAGGCUGGCUGCUUGACUCAUAGUUUUUAAUUCUAGACUGGAACUCUCUUCAGUCACAGAAGGUCAAUAAUAACAGCACUUUAUUGUUUUAUCAAGUAAAUGUCUGAAAAUUCGUCCUGCAAGCGCCCGUUCGCUCAUCUCAUCACACACAUACAGGCUAGACCAGGCUUCACCUGCAUGAACACACAAACACACACAGAAUAAAUCUCCUAAAUGCAGUCAUAUACAAACACACAAACACGCUCUUUGUCACAUUGUGUUUUGUUGUUUUCUCUGGCUUUAUAAUUUCUAUUUUUUUAUUAAUGGAUCAAGCCUUGUAUAGUCAAAUUCUGACGUUCCAUUUUGCAGCUCAACGCUUGCUGCUCGUCUGCCUUAAUGUUUUUAUCUGCUCUUUGAUUUAAAUAAAGAUUUAUUAACUCCAAA